AUGUCCCUUCAUUAUCUUUAUGGAUAUUUGUACCCUCAUCUAUCAUUCAAUGUUCGGUCAUGUCGUCUAAGAGCUUAUAUUCUUUACAUUUGCGGCUAUACGUUUUUCCAUUCAUUUUCAAUCCAAGCGAUCUAUCGUAUCUGUCGAAUUCUUUAUCCGUUACAAACGACGCGCCAACCAUUUAGUUUGUAUGUUGUCAUUUCAAUAGGUCAAUGGAUUCUGUCUGCAGUGGAAUUGUUUCCAAGUUUGAUCAUAGGCGACAUUCAAUAUUUACCAUAUAACUUUUAUUGCCAAUUCUCGCCAGCAAAUAUGCGUGGAUCGUUAACAGUCUGUCUAGUUGGAUUCCUUUUUCCGUUCACUAUUAUGGCCUGUUGCUAUUUCCAUACGAUAUUUUAUGUUCGAAAGAAUAGUUCAACUAUUGUUACUUUCAAGCAGCGAGUUCGCGUUCGUCGAGAUUUGACUAUUUUAAAACGUAUAGUUCGUUUACUAUCAGUUCUUUCGUCAAGUGCUAUACCACACGCUGUUUUCCCUAUUGUUUACCUUAUCUAUGGUAAACUUCCAACAUGGUUAGUGCCGUUGGAAUGGGUUUUAACUAUUGUUGCUCUGAUUAUCACUUCAAUUUUUAUACCAUACCUGGCGCCUCAUAUGAAGAAAAUGUACAAUCGAAAGCAUUUGAAGAAUUUGUUAUUACUCAGAACAAAUAAACAGAUUUGUGCGAAAGACUGA